AAAAUCUUUUUUUUUUUUUUGACAUUUCAGCUGUUUAAUUUUAUCCUGUUCUGAAAGAUCAAUAUUUGGUAUGUGAAAAGUUCCCCUUGAAUUUUGUUUCUUUUAGUUUUUUUUUUUAACACAAAAGUAGUACCUCCCUGCCUGAAUAAAACAAUGUAGGUGAAUAAAAAGUAAAGAUUUUAUUCAAUUCCAUUCUCUUCAUUUUCUCAUUCUGCCCUGAGGUGACCAUCAUUAGCAGUUUGGUGAGUUUUCUUCCAGACACUUCAUGCAAGUUUUUACAAAGGCGAUGCUCUCCGAAUGUCUCUGAUGCUCUUGAUUUGAUCCAUUUACUAGAGGGCAGUGCUGUGAUUUGACGAAGUGGACAUCACUUGUGGUCAGUCCCCAGCCAUCUGGUCUUGGAUAGAAUCAUGGCCAAACCUUAUGAAUUUAAUUGGCAGAAGGAAGUUCCUUCCUUUUUGCAAGAAGGAGCAGUUUUUGACAGAUACGAAGAGGAAUCUUAUGUGUUUGAACCCAACUGCCUCUUCAAAGUGGAUGAAUUUGGCUUCUUUCUGACCUGGAGAAGUGAAGGCAAGGAAGGGCAAGUGCUAGAAUGUUCCCUCAUCAACAGUGUUCGGCUGGGAGCCACCCCAAAGGAUCCCAAAAUUUUGGCUGCUCUUGAAGCUGUUGGAAAAUCAGAAAAUGAUCUGGAAGGGCGGAUAGUCUGUGUCUGCAGUGGUAUCGACCUGGUGAACAUCAGUUUCACGUACAUGGUGGCUGAAAGUCCAGAAGUAACUAAGCAAUGGGUAGAAGGCCUGAGAUCCAUAAUACACAACUUCAGGGCCAACAACGUCAGUCCGAUGACUUGCCUCAAGAAACACUGGAUGAAAUUGGCAUUUAUGACCAACACAAAUGGUAAAAUCCCAGUUAGGAGUAUUACCAGAACUUUUGCAUCGGGAAAAACAGAAAAGGUGAUCUUUCAAGCACUCAAGGAGUUAGGUCUUCCAAGUGGAAAGAAUGAUGACAUUGAGCCUGCAGCGUUUACUUACGAAAAGUUCUAUGAACUGACGCAAAAGAUUUGUCCUCGGACAGAUAUAGAGGAUCUUUUUAAAAAAAUCAAUGGAGACAAAACUGAUUAUUUAACGGUAGACCAAUUAGUGAGCUUUCUAAAUGAACAUCAACGAGAUCCUCGGUUGAAUGAAAUUUUAUUCCCAUUUUAUGAUGCUAAAAGGGCCAUGCAGAUCAUUGAGAUGUAUGAGCCUGAUGAAGAUUUGAAGAAAAAAGGCCUUAUAUCAAGUGAUGGGUUCUGCAGAUACCUGAUGUCCGAUGAGAAUGCCCCAGUCUUCCUGGAUCGUCUAGAACUUUACCAAGAAAUGGACCACCCCCUGGCUCACUACUUCAUCAGUUCCUCCCACAACACGUAUCUCACUGGCCGACAGUUUGGUGGGAAGUCUUCAGUGGAAAUGUACAGACAGGUCCUCCUGGCUGGCUGCAGAUGUGUUGAACUUGACUGUUGGGAUGGAAAAGGUGAGGACCAAGAACCGAUAAUAACUCACGGAAAAGCGAUGUGUACAGAUAUUCUUUUUAAGGAUGUUAUUCAAGCCAUCAAGGAGACUGCCUUUGUCACAUCCGACUAUCCUGUCAUUCUCUCCUUUGAAAAUCACUGCAGCAAAUACCAGCAGUACAAGAUGUCCAAAUACUGUGAAGAUCUGUUUGGGGAUCUCCUGUUGAAACAAGCACUUGAAUCCCAUCCACUGGAACCAGGCAGGCCCUUGCCAUCCCCCAAUGACCUCAAAAGAAAAAUCCUCAUCAAAAAUAAACGGCUGAAACCUGAAGUGGAAAAAAAGCAGCUUGAAGCUUUGAAAAGUAUGAUGGAAGCAGGGGAAUCCGCUGCCCCAGUGAACAUCUUAGAGGAUGAUAACGAAGAGGAAAUAGAAAGUGCUGAGCAAGAGGAGGAAGCUCACCCCGAGUACAAGUACGGAAAUGAACUUUCCGCGGACGACCUGGGUCACAAGGAAGCCGUCGCCAACAGUGUCAAGAAGGCUUCAGAUGACCUUGAACAUGAAAACAACAAAAAGGGCCUGAUUACUGUAGAAGAUGAGCAGGCGUGGAUGGCAUCUUAUAAAUAUGUAGGUGCUACCACUAACAUCCAUCCGUAUUUGUCCACAAUGAUCAACUAUGCACAGCCUGUAAAGUUUCAAGGUUUCCUUGUGGCUGAAGAACGCAACAUUCAUUAUAACAUGUCUUCUUUUAACGAGUCAGUCGGUCUGGGCUACCUGAAGACACAUGCGAUUGAGUUCGUGAAUUACAAUAAACGGCAAAUGAGUCGCAUUUACCCCAAGGGGGGCCGAGUCGAUUCCAGUAAUUACAUGCCUCAGAUUUUCUGGAACGCUGGCUGCCAGAUGGUGUCACUCAACUAUCAAACCCCAGAUUUAGCGAUGCAAUUGAAUCAGGGAAAAUUUGAGUAUAAUGGAUCGUGCGGGUACCUUCUCAAGCCAGAUUUCAUGAGGCGGCCCGACCGCACAUUUGAUCCUUUCUCUGAAACACCUGUUGAUGGCGUUAUCGCAGCCACUUGCUCCGUGCAGGUCAUCUCGGGUCAGUUCUUAUCCGAUAAGAAGAUCGGCACGUACGUGGAGGUGGAUAUGUACGGGCUGCCCACUGACACCAUCCGGAAAGAAUUCCGAACCCGCAUGGUGAUGAACAACGGACUCAACCCCGUUUACAAUGAAGAGUCAUUCGUGUUUCGGAAGGUGAUCCUCCCUGACCUGGCUGUCUUGAGAAUCGCCGUGUAUGAUGACAACAACAAACUGAUUGGCCAAAGGAUUCUUCCCCUCGAUGGUCUCCAAGCGGGCUAUCGACACAUUUCCCUUCGAAAUGAGGGGAAUAAACCUUUAUCACUGCCAACAAUUUUCUGCAAUAUUGUUCUUAAAACAUAUGUGCCUGACGGAUUUGGAGAUAUCGUGGAUGCUUUAUCAGAUCCAAAGAAAUUUCUUUCCAUUACGGAAAAGAGAGCAGACCAAAUGAGAGCUAUGGGCAUUGAAACGAGUGACAUCGCCGAUGUGCCCAGUGACACGUCAAAGAACGACAAGAAAGGCAAAGCCAACACAGCCAAGGCCAACGUGACCCCCCAGAGCAGCUCCGAGCUCAGGCCGACCACCACGGCCGCCCUGGGGGCCGGCCUGGAAGCCAAGAAAGGUAUUGAGCUGAUCCCGCAGGUGAGGAUAGAAGAUUUAAAGCAGAUGAAGGCUUACUUGAAACAUUUAAAGAAACAACAGAAGGAGCUAAAUUCUUUAAAGAAGAAACAUGCAAAGGAGCACAGUACGAUGCAGAAGUUACACUGCACUCAAGUGGACAAGAUCGUGGCGCAGUACGACAAAGAGAAGUCGACUCACGAGAAAACCCUGGAGAAGGCAAUGAAGAAGAAGGGGGGGAGUAAUUGUCUCGAAAUGAAAAAAGAAACGGAAAUUAAAAUUCAGACAUUGACAUCAGAUCACAAAUCUAAGGUCAAAGAGAUUGUGGCACAGCACACGAAGGAGUGGUCAGACAUGAUCAACACGCACAGUGCGGAGGAGCAGGAGAUCCGGGACCUGCACCUCACCCAGCAGUGCGAGCUGCUCCGGAAGCUCCUGAUCAACGCGCACGAGCAGCAGACUCAGCAGCUGAAAAUGUCCCAUGACAGGGAAAGCAAGGAAAUGCGAGCACACCAGGCUAAGAUUUCUAUGGAAAACAGCAAAGCCAUCAGCCAGGAUAAAUCUAUCAAGAAUAAAGCAGAACGGGAAAGGCGAGUCAGGGAGUUAAACAGCAGCAACACUAAAAAGUUUCUGGAAGAAAGAAAGCGUCUCGCAAUGAAGCAGUCCAAAGAAAUGGAUCAGUUGAAAAAAGUCCAACUUGAGCACCUAGAAUUCUUAGAAAAACAGAACGAACAGCUUUUGAAAUCCUGUCAUGCAGUGUCCCAAAUGCAAGGCGAAGGAGAUGCAGCAGAUGGUGAAAUUGGAAGCCGAGAUGGACCGCAGACCAGCAACAGUUGUGUGAAACUCCAGGACACAAACUGAACCGGCAGGACCGCAGCAUCAGAAGAUCACUCCCAGCUUCCGAGCACAAAUUCCAUGGAAGAAAGCUGAUGUCUUUUGUGUCUCCUUUAUGUGUAGAUAAGAUGUAACCUGGAACCACAGAGACUUAACAUACUUCUCUGAAACAUUCUGAAUUUCCUGGCCAACCCAAAGUAGCUACCGAUCCACAAAAAUUACGAGUCCAGUAAGGCAGAGUUUAACCAUUGAUCAUACCUCUUAAACAUGUUUGCUGUCAAAUACCGUCACAAGUCAAUGAGCUUGAUGUUAACACCUCUGCUUUGUGAUGCAUUAGGAUGUGUUUGAGCCGCAGCAAAAAAUAGUGCAUUAGCAAUGUCACAGCAAGUGCAUGCACUGGGGGGGGGGGGG